AUGACGUCGAAAAAGCAAUAUCCUAAUAUUAUGAUAUGCGGAACGCAUGGUGUAGGUAAAUCUCAUCUAUGUCAACAAUUAUGUUCAUCCAAUUCAUCAUUGAAACAUAUUGAUAUUACUGAUUUGGCAAAACAACAUAAAUAUCUUCUUGAUUAUGAUGAUGAAAACCAAUGUAAUAUUCUGGAUGAUGAUGCUAUCGGUGAUUAUCUUGAUGAUCAAUACUUUCAAAAAUCAUCGUCGUCCGGUCUUCUUAUUGACUUUCACAGUGCUGUAAUACAUUGUCCGAUCGAUUAA